UUAACCCUGACCUCGACGGUUAAUAACGCACACAAAUAUAGUAUUUGUCAGUUGACAUACCCCCGGAGUCGCCAAUGUGCCAAAGAGGCGGUAAACCCACCAUACUGUAGGCUAGUGUAAAACAGACUGUGGGGAUGAAGGACAAAACAGGCUUUGUGUUUUCAUUGUUGGACGCACUCUCUCUGUGGCCCCAAUCUGGGACAGAACCCUUUGUGCCCUAUAAAGUCCCGCCUGGUCGCCAUGGAAACGAGCUUCAUUGGGCUACACAUGGGAUGGCUAUUGAUUUACAAAUAGCGGGGGACUAAUGGUGUAAUCCUCCAAUUUGAGGACAAAGAUUUUAUGUUAUCGCCUGUAAAAUGCAGAUAACAUGAACUCACUAGAGCCCGAAACACACUGGGAUUAUAUUGAUGGAAGACGUACCUUUGUAGACCAUCAGGGCGAAUAGCAAAUAUGUUUGGUAUGUGUGCUGUCUAUUGGGUUCACAGUUAUUGGAAGUAUUCAUUUGCAGGGAAAAGUUAGGGUUAAUCUUUGUUGAAAGAGUUUUCAAAUGGCUUUUAAUUAAAUUAAGUAGCCUGGGGAUUUCUUCUUAAUUGUAUCAUAUCUUUUCAACACAUUAUUCAAACUUCUCACAAACUGAAUGUACUUUUCGUGGUCCCAAUCCUUUGGAGCAAAAUAAUAAAGUUGGACAGACACGGCCACCGUGCGGACAGAGUGGACACAGCGCUCUCUUUUAUUGGCUGACAGCGAAUGUGACGUCACUUCCUGCAUACGACUUUCCCCGGGAAUCCGACUUGGCGCGAGGACUUUUCUGUUGUUGUGUUGACCUGCCGCCGUCGUGUUGAGCAGCUGUCACUGAGGCAAACGGUAAAAGGUGAAAAGUCGGAGUCAUGGCUCCGGUAUCAAACCCAGAGAAAGAUGCGGACGGACCGGACGGCGCCGAUGGAGGGGAUCCCUGUGGCCUGGCGAGGUCUCGCUCUAAACGGGAGAAGCGAGAGAAGGUGGGAAGGAAGUCUGCACUGGAGCAGCUUAAAAAAGCCAAAAUGGGGGAGAAGAUCAAAUAUGAGGUGGAAGAGUUUACUAGUGUGUAUGAGGAGGUGGACGAGCAGCAGUACUCCAAGAUGGUACGAGACAGACAAGAUGAUGACUGGAUCAUUGACGACGAUGGAACUGGAUAUGUGGAGGACGGAAGAGAAAUAUUUGACGAUGAUUUGGACGACGAUGUAGUUGAAAGCAAAAAAGGAAAAGGUGCUAAAGGAGCAGACUCAAAGAAAAAUGUGAAGAAGUCUGCUGUAGCCAAGCCCAACACCAUCAAGAGCCUUUUCAUGAACAGUAAUGUUAAGAGGCCGGCCGAGAAAGACGUGGACCUGUCCAAAGAUGACCUUUUAGGGGACAUCUUGCAGGACCUGCACUCUGAGAAACCAAGUCUUCUGACUCCUCCGCCAGUGCUCACUCUCAAGAAAAAGAAGUCUCUCGGUUCACCCAUGAACCCGUUUUCGAUCAAACCUCAGAUGCCAAAGGAGUCACCCUCAGCUUCUGGGUUUAAGGCCAAAGUUAUCAAGCCCCCACCUUCUGACCCAACUCCCAGGUCAUCAGGCCGCCUCCCUGCCCCUACAGCUGCUCCACCUAUAGAGAAGCAGAAGGCAAAAGUGGAGGAGGUGGAUGAAGAGAGAGUUGGCGACUCUCUGGCGUUUGACGGGGUGGACUUUGAUGAGCCGAUGGAGGUCGGGCUGGAGGAGGAGACGCAUGAACUCAAAGAUGAUGCAGAGCCUUCAACGAAAGCAGCAGCAGCUGCAGUUAAAGUGGAGCCCAAAGCAGAGCCUCAGGACCCGGUGUUAUUGUCGGGUAGGAUCGGGAGCUCGUGGGGACAGGAGGAGGACGGUGGAGUGGACGAGGCUCCGGCAGAGAUACAGGUCGACUCCAGCCAACUCCCGCUGGUGGAGCAAGCAGACGGGGAGAAGGUGUUCCGCUUCUACUGGUUGGAUGCCUUCGAAGACCCUUACAGCAAACCUGGUGUGGUGUACUUGUUUGGGAAGGUGUGGAUCGAGGCUGCGAUGUCUCAUGUCAGCUGCUGUGUCACCGUCAAGAACAUUGAGCGGACCUUGUAUCUCCUGCCCCGCGAAUACAAAGUGAACACCAAGAGCGGUGAGGUGACAGACACUCUAGUAGGAAUAAUGGACGUCUACCAGGAGUUUAACGAACUCUCUGAGAAGUUCAGGAUCAUGAAGUUCAAGUCCAAGAAAGUAGAUAAAAGCUACGCUUUUGAAAUUCCAGAUGUGCCCACUCAGUCAGAGUACCUGGAAGUCAGAUAUUCUGCGGACUUCCCUGCCCUCCCUCCCGGCCUUAAGGGGGCGACCUUUUCCCACAUUUUUGGAACCAACACUUCCAGUCUGGAGCACUUUCUCCUCAGCAGGAAGAUUAAAGGCCCUUGCUGGCUGGACAUCAAGGCACCUCAGCUGAUCAGCCAGCCGGUCAGCUGGAGUAAAGUGGAGGCCCUCGCCCUGAGGAGUGACAUGGUCACUGUGGUCAGAGACCUGCCCCCUCCGCCUAUUACCGUCAUGUCCAUCAGCCUCAAGACCAUCCAGAACCCAAAGACGCACCACAAUGAGAUUGUGUCCCUGGCUGCACUCGUCCACCACGGGUUCCACAUGGACAAAGCGCCGCCUCAACCUCCGUACCAGACCCACUUUUGUGUGGUCAGCAAACCGGCGGACUGCAUCUUCCCCUACGACUUCAAAGAGGCUGUGAGGAAGAGGAACGGUAAAGUGGAGAUUGCUUCGACAGAGCGCACUCUGCUCGGCUUCUUCCUGGCCAAGAUGCAUAAAAUCGACCCCGACGUGCUGGUGGGUCACGACAUCUUUGGUUUUGACCUGGAGGUGAUUCUGCAGAGGAUCAACGUAUGCAAGGUUCCCCACUGGUCUAAGAUUGGUCGCCUCAGAAGAGCCACUAUGCCCAAACUAGGGGGUCGCGGCUCCUUUGCGGAGAAGAGCGCAACAUGCGGCCGCCUGGUGUGCGACGUGGAGAUCUCCGCCAAGGAGCUCAUUCGCUGUAAAAGCUACAGCCUGACUGAACUGGCCAGUCAGGUGUUGAAGGCGGAGAGAGCCACAGUCCCUCAGGAGAACAUCAAGAAUCUCUACAGUGACUCUCCUCACCUGCUGUACCUGCUGGAGUUGACGUGGACGGACGCCAAGCUGAUCCUCCAGAUGAUGUGUGAGCUCAACGUGCUGCCGCUGGCCCUGCAGAUCACCAACAUCGCUGGCAACGUCAUGUCUCGUACCCUGAUGGGCGGUCGCUCUGAGAGGAACGAGUUCCUGUUGCUUCACGCCUUCCACGACAAAGACUACAUCGUCCCAGACAAGCCCUCCUUCAAAAAGACCCAGAUGGAGACGGUCGAGGGCGAAGACGAGGUGGAUGCAGGGACAGGCAAGCGGAAGAAGAAGGCGGCCUACGCUGGCGGUCUGGUGCUGGAUCCUAAAGUUGGUUUCUACGACAAGUUUGUGCUCCUGCUCGACUUCAACAGUCUGUAUCCAUCAAUCAUCCAAGAGUUCAACAUCUGCUUCACCACCGUCCAAAGGGAGGCCCAAAGCACGCAGAAGAAGAAAGAGGGUGAUGGCUUGGAGGAGAUCCCCGAAAUUCCAGAUACAAACCUGGAGAUGGGAAUCUUGCCUAAAGAAAUCAGGAAGCUGGUUGAGCGGCGAAAACAGGUCAAACAGCUGAUGAAGCAGCACGACGUCAACACAGACCUCUACCUGCAGUAUGAUAUCCGUCAGAAGGCCCUGAAGCUGACUGCCAACAGUAUGUACGGCUGCCUGGGAUUCAGCUACAGCCGCUUCUACGCCAAGCCGCUCGCCGCGCUGGUCACACACAAAGGCAGAGAGAUUCUCAUGCACACCAAAGAAAUGGUUCAGAAGAUGAAUCUGGAGGUCAUCUAUGGAGAUACCGACUCCAUUAUGAUCAACACCAACAGCAGGUCUCUGGAGGAAGUCUACAAACUGGGCAACAAGGUGAAGGCCGAAGUGAACAAGCUCUACAAACUGCUGGAGAUCGACAUCGACGGCGUUUUUAAGUCGCUUUUGCUCUUGAAGAAGAAGAAGUACGCCGCCUUGGUGGUGGAGAACCACGGCGAAGGAAGAUACAGCGUCAAGCAGGAGCUCAAGGGCCUGGACAUUGUCCGCAGGGAUUGGUGCGACCUGGCCAAGGAAUGUGGAAACUACGUCAUCGGUCAAAUCCUGUCGGACCAGAGCCGCGACGUCAUCGUGGAGAACAUCCAGAAAUACCUGGUGGAGGAGGGCGAGAAAGUGGCAGCAGGAACGAUUCCGCUUAACCAGUUUGAGAUAAACAAGGCUCUGACGAAAGACCCCCAGGACUACCCCGAUAAGAAGAGCCUCCCUCACGUCCACGUGGCUCUGUGGAUCAACUCCCAGGGCGGUCGGCGGGUCAAAUCCGGAGACACCGUGUCCUACAUCAUCUGCAAGGACGGCUCCACGCUGGCAGCCAGUCAGAGGGCCUACGCACUGGAGCAGCUCCAGAAGCAGGAGGGCCUCAGCGUGGACACCCAGUACUACCUCGCCCAGCAGGUCCACCCCGUGGUGUCUCGCAUCUGUGACCCCAUCGAGGGCAUCGACAGCGUGCUCAUCGCCACGUGGCUGGGUUUGGACCCGAGUCACUUCCGGGCUCACCAGCAGUACCAGAGGGAGGAAGAGGCAGAUGGCAUGCUGGGGGCUCCGGUCCAGCUGACCGACGAAGAGCGCUACAAAGACUGUGAGAGGUUCACAUUCACCUGCCCUCAGUGUGGCACUGACAACGUCUAUGACAGCGUCUUCGAAGGAGCCGGAUUGAAGCUAGAGCCCAGCUUGAUGCGAUGCUGUCACGUCCCCUGUGGGAGUCAACCCAUCGACUACGGCGUCAACAUCAGCAACAAACUGCUUCAGGACGUCCGGCGUCAUGUCAGAAAAUACUACUCUGGCUGGUUGGUGUGUGAGGACCCGGCCUGCCAGAACAGAACCAGACGUCUGCCCAUUGCCUUCUCGCGCCACGGGCCCAUCUGCCCCGCCUGCACCAGGGCCACCCUCAGACCCGAGUACUCCGAGAAGGCCCUCUACCACCAGCUCUGCUUCUACAGGUUCAUCUUCGACUGGGACCAAGCAGCUGCCAAACUGCCAACAACUGAUGAGAAAAAUCGCGUAAAGCUGUGGAACAAAGACAAAGACGUGUAUCGGAGGCUGAAGGAAGUGCCGGACAAAGCCUUGGCCACCAGCGGCUACUCGGAGAUCAACCUGGCGAAGCUCUUCCAGGCGUUCUCCUCCCUCAAAUAAAACCACGCGCGUCCGUAGCGACGACGCCUGCAGAGAAGCUCCGGCGUCGGACUCAAAGCGGCACAUUUGCCUGUUCAUCUACAUCUGUCUGCACUGUUCUAGUUUGUUGUUUUUUUACAGAUACUCUAGCUGGGUUGAGUAUUUUAGGCUUGGACCUCUCCCAAACCCUGACAUCAUCUUCUCUGAACCUAAUGGGCUUGUUAUUUGACUCAAAACCCAAUCACGCCGUUCCCCCUCUCCAGUUUCUUCAUAUAGGCACAGAUGACGUGACCCCAUCACAAUGGCUCUGUAUAGUAAAGGGGAGUAGCAAUCAUACCUAAAUGACAGUCCAGUGUGUGUGUGUGUGUGUGUGUGUGUGUGUGUGUGUGUGUGUGUGUGUGUGUGUGUGUGUGUGUGUGUGUGUGUGUGUGUGUGUGUGUGUGUGUGUGUGUGUGUGUGUGUGUGUGUGUGAAAAUGACUUUUCCUCAGAAAAGCCAGUUUACUCCAAAAGCUGCUAAUUAGCCAAUGAUAGUGACCCGGCCACUAAGACCACUGGAUGCCUGCAGCGAUCGGACACUUGUUCUGAUUACCACCAUUCAGCCUGAGUGUGUGUUCACGUCUGUGUGUGUGUGUGUGUGUGUGUGUGUGUGCGUGUGUGUGUGGCAGAUCGGAGGAUGAAAGAAAGAAGUGAGGAGGAUGCGAGGGGUGACGAGGUGAGCGAGGCCACACGCGCUGCUCUCUCUCUCUUUUGUCUCCGUAUCGAACAGCUGAUCUCCUUCUCCUCCACUGCCUCUGUUUAACUGAUACCAUUUCAUUCCUUUUCUUCUAUGUUCUGUGUGUGUUUUUAAUGCCUGUAAUUUCCUACGUAUCUGGCUUGUAUUUCUCAAGUUGAUGCGUUGUAAAGAUUUCUUUUUUGUUGUUGUUGUAAUGACCAGAGUAUUUUGUAAUUGGCAUUUUGAUAUUGAUGAUGUUUUUUUCUA